AUGGCUCUGCAUAAACUUCUAGGAUUCACCUACAUGCCUGCGAUAUAUGUCGGUGGACGCGCUCAAGCAAACGUGGCUUUGGGGGGAAAGGCGACCCAGUCCAGCACACAGUUCUCGGCAGAUGCUCAUCGAGCCAUUGACGGAAGCAACAAUUGGAACGGGAAAAUGGGCUCCUGUACGGAAACAAAGCCAAGCCGGAACCCAUGGUGGACGGUAAACUUAAAAAGAGUCUAUACCGUGUCCACAGUAAGAAUCACCAACAGAAUGGACUGCUGCUCGAACGAGCUCCUUGGAGCCGAGCUCCGCAUUGGGAACUCAGUGAGGAGCAACGCGAAUGACAAUAAACUAUGUGGAAAAGUGACGACAGUUACAGAAAGCUACACCUUCAUCUGCCGUGGAUUCACGGGUCAAUAUGUGAAUAUUGUGAUACCGGGACAUAAUAAAGUCCUGACACUGUGCGAGGUUGAGGUCUUUGGCAAAUUACACUCCAGAAAAUGA